GCGCCAUGGAACACGUGACGGAGGGUUCGUGGGAGUCGCUGCCGGUGCCGCUGCACCCGUGGGUGCUGGGCGCGCUCCGGGACCUGGGCUUCCCGUACAUGACGCCGGUGCAGGUUUUGACAUUUAAAAUGUCUCCAGACAUUACCAAAUGUCCCUUGGGGCCCCAGAAAUGGCCUCAGUGGAGUUCAUAGAGCUUUUAGCCUCACUGUGGGUUCGUGGCCUUUUCUCACCAGCUGCUUUGCAAUCUUCCCCUAGUCUGCAACCAUCCCUCUGUUCAUGAAAAACAAAGACGUCGCCGCAGAAGCAGUCACAGGUAGUGGCAAAACCCUUGCUUUUGUCAUUCCCAUCCUGGAAAUUCUUCUGAGAAGGGAAGAGAAAUUAAAAAAAAGUCAGGUUGGAGCCAUAAUCAUCACGCCCACACGGGAGCUGGCUAUUCAGAUAGACGAGGUCCUGUCGCACUUCACGAAGCACUUCCCUCAGUUGAGCCAGAUUCUUUGGAUCGGAGGCAGGAACCCUGGAGAAGAUGUUGAGAGGUUCAAGGCACAAGGCGGAAACAUCAUCGUGGCGACUCCAGGCCGCCUGGAGGACAUGUUCCGGAGGAAGGCCGAAGGGUUGGACUUGGCCAGCUGUGUGAAGUCCCUCGAUGUCCUGGUGUUGGACGAAGCUGACCGACUUUUGGACAUGGGGUUUGAGGCAAGUAUAAAUACCAUUCUGGAGUUCUUGCCAAAGCAGAGGAGAACGGGCCUCUUCUCCGCCACUCAGACGCAGGAAGUGGAGAACCUGGUGCGAGCAGGCCUCCGGAACCCCGUCCGCAUCUCGGUGAAGGAGAAGGGCGUGGCAGCCAGCAGCACACAGAAAACCCCAUCUCGCCUGGAGAACUACUACAUGGUGUGUAAGGCAGAUGAGAAAUUUAACCAACUGGUGCAUUUUCUUCGAAAUCAUAAGCAGGAAAAACACCUGGUCUUCUUCAGCACCUGUGCCUGUGUGGAAUACUACGGGAAGGCUCUGGAGGCCUUGGUGAAGAGCGCGGCCAUACUGUGCAUUCACGGAAAGAUGAAGUACAAGCGCAACAAGAUCUUCAUGGAGUUCCGCAAAUUGCAGAGUGGAAUUUUAGUGUGCACUGAUGUGAUGGCCCGUGGAAUCGAUAUUCCUGAAGUGAACUGGGUUUUGCAGUACGACCCUCCCAGCAAUGCAAGCGCCUUUGUGCAUCGCUGCGGCCGCACUGCCCGCAUUGGCCACGGUGGCAGUGCCCUGGUGUUCCUCCUUCCCAUGGAAGAGUCCUACGUCAGUUUCCUUGCAAUUAACCAAAAGUGCCCCCUGCAGGAGAUGAGACUUCAGAAAAACACAGUGGACCUUCUUCCAAAGCUGAAGGCCAUGGCCCUGGCUGACAGAGCCGUGUUUGAAAAGGGGAUGAAAGCUUUUGUGUCGUAUGUCCAGGCUUACGCGAAGCACGAGUGUAGCCUCAUCUUCAGGCUCAAAGACCUUGACUUUGCCAGUCUUGCUCGAGGUUUUGCCCUGCUGAAGAUGCCCAAGAUGCCAGAGCUGAGAGGGAAGCAGUUUCCCGAUUUUGUGCCUGUGGAUGUUAACACAGACACGAUUCCAUUUAAAGAUAAAGUCAGAGAAAAGCAGAGGCAGAAGCUACUGGAGCAAAAAAGAAAAGAAAAAACAGAAAGCGAAGGGAGAAGAAAGUUCAUAAAAAACAAAGCUUGGUCGAAGCAGAAGGCCAAAAAGGAAAAGAAGAAAAAACUGAAUGAAAAGAGGAAAAGGGCAGAGGGUUCAGAUAUUGAAGAUGAGGACAUGGAGGAGCUUCUUAAUGAUACAAGACUCUUGAAAAAGUUUAAAAGGGGCAAGAUCACGGAAGAAGAAUUUGAGAAGCAUUUGUUGACAAGUGGCAAAAGGACAGUCAAAACAGAUUUUGGGAUCUCAGAUUUCGAAGAUGACUGCUGAUCCUGGAUCCUCCGAUGGAAUGCGUGAGAGAACAGGGACGUACAGGGAGCGCGGUGACCAGAUGUGGCACACAGCCCAUGUACAGGGAGCGCGAUGACCAGACUCGGCACACAGCUCACAACUGCUCUCACUGCAGACCAGAACCUCAGUAGAUGUCUAUGGAGAGUGAUUACAUUUCUGAAACCUGUUGGUCGGUCCAGGGAGAAACGAGAGGGAUUUCAUACUCGGGAAUAUUUUACUAAAAAACUUACCAGUCUUGAUUAAAGUCUAACAGAAGAAAGUGUAAGACUACUUGAAUGUAAAUAAUGGAUGUCAAUAUUUAUUUUGAUGAGUCACCUAUAAUUAAAUACCUUGUUUUUUUUUUUGGCUACCUUAGAAAUAUUUUUAAAAUAUAAAAAUACUAAAAUAUACUUGAUUUUAGCCUUUUUU